CCUUCUCCAAACUGCUUGUCAAAAUCUCUUCACGGCUGGGUAUUCAGUUGUGCGUUCCACGAACUUGGGCGGACAAACACAUACGCAGAUUAGUCCACCAAGAUCGGAUAGCAGUACAAGGUCCCUUGCAUGCUGUGCUUCACAUGCAUGGUGGCCCCUUGUUCUUCCCGUUAACAAAAACCUAAUUUCAACUCUUCGGCCCGGCGACAUCAUCAACGCUUGUCGGCGACAACAGCCUCCUACAUAUCUAACCCGAAGCCAACACGGCGCGCCAUCGAAGGGCGCGGCAUGCGGAUCACGAAGUCCUUAAAUUUCUCAUGAUGUACAACACCAGUCAGCGCAGUCUGGCGCGCAACACGCGACGGUGCGUCAGCAGCAAGUGGGCGCAACCAGCAAGCCUAUCGACUUCACGGCUCGCAAGCACUUGUGCUUUGGGCUCCCCCGUAAUCACCAAAAAGAGGCGCAAUGCAACCUCCUACGCUCUCUCCUCCACCGGCAAGACUCGAUCCUACUUGACGUCGGUAACGCCACCAAAACCAGAGACCCCGAGGGAUAUCGCGAUUCUGGGAGGUGGUCUGACCGGCUUGGCCACCGCCUUCUUCACUCGCAUCUACAACCCCCAUGCACGCAUCACCGUCUAUGAGGCGUCCAAUAGGCUCGGCGGAUGGAUUGAUACGGAGGAAGUCGAGGUCAUAACCCCGUCAGGCGAAAAGGGCAAGGUCCUAUUCCAGCGCGGUGGCCGCAUGCUCAAGACGAUGAACGACAAGCCCAAGUACGAUGAUCUGGUCUUCUGGAAGUUAGUAUGUACAGCCUCUGCUGGACGCCGGUGAGCGCACUCGAGCUGGAAAACGAACUCCAAGUUAGGAGCAAAGACGAGCCUUUGGGCAACUAUAUCUAUUACCCCGAUCAUCUAGUUGCCAUGCCGCAGCCCAUCUUUGACCAGAAUCGACCCCUCGAUUCGGCUGAUUCGAUCCUCAAAACGGUGAAAACACUCUUAGACGAGCCCAUUUUCAAGGGUGCAGUUCCGGCCGCUAUGAAGUACUUUUUCAGGGGCGGGCGCAAAUUGACGCUCAAAGACGGAGAAGAUCUAUCUGUCGGCGAGUUCUUCGGGCGCGCUACGGGAAAUCGUGAGCUGAUUGACAACACCCUCGGCGCUUUGAUGCACGGCGUAUGGGGCGGCGAUCUAUGGAAUCUCAGUAUGCAGAGCGGCCUGUUCUCCAAGACGACUUUACCGAGCCCCGAAAAGGGUAAAAUCUGGUAUCCAAGGGAGGACGAAGAAUUGAGGGAAAGGAUGUUCAGGCUCCACUCCCACGCCAACGAAAUGUUACGCAAUUUGAUGGCCAAGGGAGAGAACUCGGAAUAUAUCUGGUUCAAGAAGGGCUUUAGCACCCUGACGGACGCGCUCAUACGGGUCUUGAAGCAGUUGGGGGUCACUUUCAAACUCAACGAUCCUGUGCAAUCUAUCUCUCUUCAUCCAUCCGAAAGGAUAGCGAUAAAAUCCACCAAAACUGUUCAAAACGCCCUAUACGACAAGGUUGUGUCAACGAUCUACGCAAAGACACUAGCCGGGCUCACCGUCAACAAGCUUCCCUCCCUAGCCCGCUCGACCGCCGUCACUAUUCGAGUUGUCAACAUCUGGUAUCCAACCCCAAACCUCAACGCACCAUUCAAUGGUAUCGGCUAUCUUAUCCCCUCAACCACGCCCCACAACGAGGAGGGUGUCCUCGGCGUGCUCUUCGACUCGGAUCGCGAGCACCGCGGCCGCAACUACGGCGGCGACACCGUUCCCGGCACCAAGUUCACCGUCAUGAUGGGCGGCCACUACUGGGACACCGAGCCCUCCUACAUGUACGAUGAGAACAAGUGCAUCGCUAUGGCCAAGGCCGCGGUGGAGCGGCACCUGAUGAUCUCCGAGUCGGACGCCGCCGGCGCCGUGGCCAUCACCAAGCUCUGCCACAACUGCAUCCCCCAACACACGGUCGGCCACCGCGAGCGCAUGGUGAACGCGCACCACGAGCUUCUGCGGGCCUUCAAAGGCAACCUCGCCGUAGUCGGCGGGUCGUAUCAGACGCCCGGGAUCAACAGCGCGCUGCGCGGUGCUGCGGACAUUGCUUUCCAGAUAUCGGGUGGGUUCUGGGGCAAUUAUGCCGGGGAGACGGUCGGGAAGACGGGUCUGCAGCGGUUUGUUAGGCCGAUGUCAGAUUCUUGGAGACAGGCGGAGAAGGGGGACAAGCGAGCGUUCCCGUUGAAGUUUGGGCACCCGCCCCUUCCAGAAUGGCAUGAAGAGGGAAGGGACGAUUAGGUCUACUGCUGUAGUAGUGAGGACAUGACCGCACCGGCAACGCAAUAGAAGUACAUGAAAAAAUUUGUGAAAAGAAUCGGAAUAUUCAGUGUAUGGUCCAGAUAGUGUAAUGGGGUUAAGCUAGGUCGCCUACCUACUCUACUUACCUGUGAGGAAUGGGGAUAGACCUGAGACUGGGGCUAGAAAAGGUUUGUGUGCAAUGAAAAAGGACCAGUUUCUUGGUUCCAUACCCGUUCUUAGCUCUCAUGCUGUUCAUUGAAUUUUUUUCAGUAAACGGUCAAACAUUCUGUAUUAGUUACCCAAAGAACCUGUGAAGGUUAUAUAUCCUAUUUGCCCGUUGGUUUUCGGUGGUCACCUCAUUCUACUUGAAACUUGGUGGUCGCUCACAAAGCUUAUAUAUAGAAAGAACAUUGGUGAACAUUUCCC